CCGCGGGAUACUUCCGGUCUUCUUAUGACAAUUCAUUUUGCGCCCCUUCAAACCCGAAGUUCCUUGCAAAGUUGACCAAUAGGACCCAUACUAUCGCUCAAGCGCGAUGCUGAGUCUCGCUUCGGUCAGUCUGUCCGAACUCCGAUCAGAGCGGUGGGGGGAAUGAUGCUCCGUACCCGGGCCAUGUCCUGCUUUCAAUGUUGAAUCAAACCAUGUUCAUUGGUUGAUUCUUACUAAAGGCCAUGUGGAUAUAUCUUGCCUAGGCUGCACAUGUGAGAGAGAGCUGAGGUACUUCUCUCCGUCCUAUCGCUCCUUUCUUGCCUGUACUCCUUUUCUUUCAUCGGGCGGUGACAUCGUGACAGUUUCCUGUCACAUCCGUUGCACAUACCAACAUGAUCGAACAAAUUCUCUCCCAGUUGACAGCAGGGAAGGUCCUUAUAUUGCUUGGGGCCUUCCUGGUGGUGCGCCAUGUCACAUUAACCGCGUAUGCGGAUUACAAGAUCCGAAAGUUGGGUCAUCGAGCGCCAAGCAGAUUUACCUUCGUUCCAUUCGGACUGAACUUCAUCUACAGUGCCAUUAAAGCAGCGCGGGAGCACAAGAAUCUCGAACUUUGGCGCGAUCUCAUGCUCAAUUAUGGGAACAAAAACAACCCAUACACGGUCGAAUCGAGUGCAGGAGGGCGACGAAUUAUCCUGACCGCCGAUCCGGACAACAUCAAGGCGAUUCUAGCCACUCAGUUCGGCGACUACGGUAAGGGAGAACCCUUCCAUCAGGAAUGGAAGGACUUCCUUGGUGACAGCAUCUUCGUCACCGACGGUCAAUUAUGGCACAACUCAAGGCAACUGAUCCGCCCUCAAUUCAUCAAGGAUCGACUGAGCGAUAUUCAUACGUUCGAGACCCAUGUCCAGAAGUUGAUCCCAAAAUUCCGGGGGCGUGCGAACGGUGCUUCGGUCAACGUCUCCGAUCUCUUUUUCAAAUACACGUUGGAUGCUGCGACGGAUUUUCUCCUUGGAAAAAGCGUGGACAGUUUGGAAAUGGAAGAGAACAAAUUCGCAAAUGAUUUUGCCGAAGUCCAACGGAUCCAGAGCAUCAUCACAAGAGCCGGCAGCCUGAAUUGGUUGAUUCCUCGGAAAAACUUCUAUGCUUGCCUGGGAAGGAUGGAGGAAUUCCUUCAACCCAUCAUCGAGCGUACCAUAGCUCUGUCACCGGAAGAGCUGGAAAGCAAAGGCAAGACAGAGGAGGGCUAUACUUUCCUGCAUGCACUUGCAAACUAUACGAAAGAUAAGAAAGUCCUCCGCGACCAGCUUGUAGCGGUCUUGCUGGCUGGGCGAGAUACGACAGCCUGUACUCUGAUGUGGACCAUCCACGAACUCAGCCACGCACCGAAUGUUGUGAAGAAGCUGAGAGAAGAGAUCUUGGCCGUCGUCGGACCAACUCGUCAACCUUCGUACGAGGAUUUGAAAAGCAUGCGUUAUCUGCAACAUGUCAUCAAUGAGAUCCUCCGUUUGUAUCCGGUGGUUCCCUUCAACGUUCGAUUGGCGCUGAAGGAUACGACUCUUCCUCGAGGCGGUGGACCGGACGGCAAUGAGCCGAUUGGGAUAUUGAAAGAUACGCCGAUCGGCUACUCAACCCUUUUGAUGCAGCGACGACCUGACCUCUACCCUUCGGAAUCUUCCGGCUUCCCUCCCGUCAAUUCGUUCGUCCCCGAGCGAUGGGAUGGUUGGACGCCCAAGAGUUGGACGUACAUCCCCUUCAACGGAGGGCCAAGAAUCUGUAUCGGCCAGCAGUUCGCCUUGACGGAGAUGGGCUAUACCCUCACGAGAGUGUUCCAGACGUAUACCCGAGUUGAGGACCGUAUGGGAGGGGUUAUGCCAAGGAUGAGAGCGGAUAUUGUGCUGCAGCCUGCAGAAGAUGUUAUGGUUGAGUUCUUCCAGGACAAGGAAUAGGGAAUCUGAUGACGCCUCUCCUACGUUAACAAAGUGUUGGUCGUUGAGUCAUCUCGCACUCCAUUUUGGUAUGAAUUUAUGUAGUCUGAUGUGUGGAGGUUUCGCAUUCCAGAAUCAAGGCUGUUACGAGUAUUAGAAUGGGGUCAUUCUUAUCUUGAACCUGAACAGGAUGAACAAUAUCUAUUCUUCAAUACAACUUCGCAAUGGCCCACCGAUGUCGUAGCCGAU